AAACAUGAGGCGUUGUGAUUGGCUGAGUUUGAUGAUGUCACCUGUCAUUCAAAACGGCAGCCCGCCCAGGCGUCUCAGCGCGCGUCAGAAUGCUGCACCGCAAACGGCUGUGAUUGGUCCAUCCUGAGGUGCGCUGAGUAAAGUAACAGCUGUCAGCAGCGUCUCCAUCAGUCUGAACAAUGAUGUGCGUCUCAAUAACGACGCAGACGCGUUUAAACGGAUUUGGGAGGAAAGAGUUAAAGUAAGAAUGACGUGUUAUUUAGAUCAUCGUGUCUGAAGAACUCGGCUCUCCAACGCGGUCGAUGCAGCUGCGCGCAGCACUCAGUGCGCAUGCGCGUUAUCCUUUGAGUUCUUAAUAUUUAAUAUCAAUGGCUGACGCUGAUUUCUAAAGCAUCUCCUAAAAUUGUGAAAGAAGAUUUGACACGUUUUCUGAACAUCGAGGUGAACGUCAAUCUCUUGUUUUAUUCGAUGAGCUUCGGUCAGAAUUCAUCAGUAGCACCAAAAUGGGACAAAAAUGUCACGUUUAACCCUUUCCGCUCCAGCGUCGACAUUAAAGCGAGAAGAUGAUGAGCCAGGUGUCCAGCAGCAGCGAUUACUGCGUCGACAGCAGGCCGUCGUGUUUAGCCGAGGACGGGAGACUCUCGCCGAGCCACUUUGAUUUGUGCCCCACCAAGUUCUAUCAGUCCUUCCUUCCUCAGCGCUCGCGGCAGAUGUGCUUCGCUUACCUGCCUCCUCCAGCCGCCGCCGUCCUCAAACCCACACCGUGCCAGAGGCAGGACUGCCACGAGGAGCCGCCGCUGUCCCCGGGGCCCGCGGUUGCUCAGGGCAACAACAAGAGUGGGGACUCCAAGAAGAAGAGUGCGUCAGGGAGGUCUGGUAAACGCGGGCGUCCGGCGGGCACCACCAAAUCAGCCGGAUACAGAACCAGCACAGGCAGACCUCUGGGCACCACCAAGGCUGCCGGCUUCAAGACCAGUCCGGGGCGGCCGCCGGGCACCACCAAAGCUGCGGGGUAUAAAGUGAGUCCUGGUCGCCCGCCGGGGAGCAUCAGGAGCCAGUCCCGCCUGAGCAAACUGAGCUACAGCGCCUGCAGCGGAGCCGCGUUUCCCUACAGCAUCAUGCACAAACCUGGAGCCUGUGACGCUGCGCUGAAGGAGGAGACGACCGCAGAAAUGCAAAAAAUGCUGUUACAAGCCCCGCAGUUCCUCCUCAGCGGCUUCCCCGUACGAAACCAAAAAACCCCUCCGCCAAUCAGCGUCAUGCCAUCGGAGGCCUUUUCUCCAGCGGCCGUGUGUCUAGACGGCGGUCAGUCGAGAAACGCUCUGCCGCACUCCACCAAAGAACUCCAGCAGCUCUCUCUAGCGUGUGCAUGUUCAGUGGGUCCGUGACUGGAGAUGUGAUGCAAACAUGACACACGCGUUUUCAUUACACACAUCAAUUACAACACGUCUUGUAAUAGUUCCUUUUGUAUUGUAUCAAUUAUUCUGAUGAUGAUUGUUGGUGUGGGAAUGCUGUCAGCAUCUUGUGAAGAAGUGAUGUAAAAAUCUUCAUAUUGGUUUAAUAUCAGGAUGAUUGAGAUGAGUAGUGCGUAGCCUGCGAGUAGCAGUGUGUGGCAUUAAGCACAGGUUUAUGUUCAAUAUCUGUUACAUUCAUAUAAUCAGUGACCUGGGCUUUUAUUUUUUCCUCAUUUAUAUACUUUGUAAUACAGUUACAGUAUGAAUAUUUACAUGUUUUAUUAAAAUGUAACUACAUCAAGGAAGUCUUACUGCUGUUUGUUUCAUUCUACACCAUUAAAAUAACCGGAUAUCCAUUGAUUUUUAUUUUACUUUAAUGGUUUUAAAGUAGCGUAGAAUGUAAACAAUAGUAGGCCUACAUAUGUAGAGAUGCAUGUGAACAAC